CCUCCGUCCUCUCCCGUUCUCUCCUCCUUCUUUCCCGUCCCUCGUCCUCACUCGGCUUUUCUCCCACCCUGGUCAGAUUUCCUCGGCUUACUUUUUAUUGGGCAUGAGCAUUGUCCACCGUUAAAUUUGCUUUUUUCUUGGAUUCCUGUGGAGGGAACUUACUAGAGACCCCGCUCCGUCUGUGCUCCGAGUAGGUGAACAGAAGUCUAGAUUGCGGCGACAGAGUAUCAGUGUCUCUGGAUUUCUUCCUCUUGUCUCUUCAUACCCUCACGCAGGUCGUGUUCAUUCCGACAGCGGUGUCGACCGAAAGACUCCAUCCACAUUUCCGCCCUACGGCCCGAACACUUUCUUUUCUCUAGGGUUCCGGGGCGAGCACCGAUAUGUUCGAGUCCGGGAGCCCUCGUGACAGUUAAGACGGACAGAUAGACUGCAGGAGUACUGGCUGGAAAGAUGUAUUCAGAAGGACACGGCAAUCCGGGGCCUACCAACGGUUCUCCGGAGCAGCAGGCUAGCCACUCCGAUGUCGUCCCGUCGUCCAGCCUCCAUGUCGCUUCUAAAAUCCCAUCGAACUCGACUUUUACCGAUCGCCUCGAACUUUUCUUUAUGCGCAUGCCGGAUUCCUACAUUACACCGUUCUGCGGGGCCAGCGCGGGUGUGGCAUCCGGUAUUGUGACCUGCCCUUUGGAUGUGAUCAAGACCAAACUGCAAGCCCAAGGUGGAUUUGCACGAAGGGGUGGGCAGGUGGGCGCCAAAACAUUGUACCGCGGAAUGUUAGGUACAGGAAGGAUAAUUGUGCGGCAAGAUGGUCUCCGCGGCCUUUAUCAGGGACUGGGUCCCAUGAUUUUCGGGUACUUGCCGACCUGGGCUGUUUAUCUAGCGGUGUACGACCGGUCGCGGGAGUAUUUCUAUGGAACCACCGACAGUUGGUGGCUUGCACGAGGAUACGCCUCGGUCACGGCUGGCGCCUGCUCUACGAUUGUGACGAACCCAAUAUGGGUUAUCAAAACACGACUUAUGUCUCAAAGUGUCAGAUCGGACAGCGAAGGAAUGCGGGCUCCGUGGCAUUACAAAAGCACAUGGGACGCGGCGCGCAAGAUGUACAAGAGCGAGGGGUUCCGUUCUUUCUACUCCGGACUGACACCGGCCCUAUUGGGAUUGACACAUGUUGCUAUCCAAUUCCCACUUUACGAAUACUUUAAGAUGGCGUUGACGGGCUAUGGCAUUGGGGAACACCCGGAUAAUGGCAACUCCCAUUGGAUCGGGAUAUCCUGCGCGACUUUCCUCAGCAAAGUCUGUGCGAGCACCGCGACGUACCCGCAUGAAGUGCUGCGAACCCGACUUCAAACCCAGCAGAGAACAUUUUCUGUCCCAGGCUCGUCGUCAGGGGAAAUCGCCUUUCGCGGAGCACUAGACCAACACCCAGAUCACAGUCGGCCACCGGGAGCCGCUUCGUCAGAUGGCAUGCCUAAUCGCCCACGGUACACCGGGGUGAUCCGCACUUUUCAGGCGAUCCUGAAGGAGGAAGGCUGGCGCGCCUUCUACUCGGGAAUCGGCACGAACCUAUUCCGUGCUGUCCCCGCUGCCAUGACCACUAUGCUUACAUAUGAAUACCUCAAAAAGACGAUUGGUCAUCUUCAACACGAGGGACGGCUAAAACAGAUUACGUUGGGAGAGAAUCCUGACGAUGCCGUCGGUAUGUGAGCGGUUGGCGGACUUCUCGCCGACCGAGACCUACACGUCGUGGGCCCGACCUGGCUUCUCGGGCUGUCCACAUGAGUUGCAAUCCCCUUAACACAGUGUCGCUACUGGCAAUGUAUAGAAGCAGACCAGUUGCCCGCGACCACACAUCACCCAUGAAGCUACUCCUCUCCUUUCCACCUCCAUAGAGACGCCAUCUAUUGGACGAGCUAUUUUCCUCGGCAUUGAUGACUAGCAUCAUUGUUAUUAGGGCGAUCAUCGACUCUAGCAUGUGAAGAUUUCAGAUUUCACUGCGCGCGGUUCUCAAUGAUCACAUGGAUCGCUUUGCUGUUUUACGGAAGAAUUUUGGUUCUGAGCGUUGUUUCAGUUUUGACAAUAUGUCGGCAUUCUCUUGUACAUAGCCUGUUUAUACAUUUCCUACAUCAAUGAAAUACAUACCCAG